AUGCAAAGGCUUGAAAAGCAAAUCAGAAACAGGAAGUCUGGCACAUCCUUAUGUUUACCUAAGAUAAAGGAAAAGGAUGGAGCAGAAGGUCCUGGAGGUAUUGCUUCUAGACUCGAGACUUGCAUGACUCCAAGGAUGCCAGCUCAAGUCACCAGGGUAGCGGCUAUCUCAUCACCAGCUGUGACAUUCAUGGCAACCAAUUUGGUGGAUCAAACAUUAGCAGAUAAAGGGAAAGAACCAGACAGGACAUCCUGCCCGCCAACCCUAAUUUUACAUACUGAAAUGAAGAAUAAGCCAACAGAAAAUAAAAAUGAGAAGACUCAUUCUUUAAAACUACUCCCAGAUGAUGAAAACAGUUCAAAUGGCAACAAGCCUGUUGCUUCUACUCCUGUUCCAGGAUCUCCCUGGUGUAUAGUCUGGACUGGAGAUGAUCGAGUCUUCUUCUUCAACCCUACAAUGCAAUUGUCAGUAUGGGAAAAACCAGUGGAUCUAAAGAACCGCGGUGAUAUUAACCGGAUCAUUGAAGACCCACCUCAUAAACGCAAACUGGAAACUUCAGCAACAGAUAAAGAUGGCACAGAUCCAGAAGAUAUGAGUGAUGACAGCAGCAUCAAAACAAAGAGAAACAAACUGGAAAAUUCACAGAAUAUGGAGCUAGAAAAAAUAACAAUGGACGAAAAAAACAUGAAAACAUCAGAACAUCAGAUUACCCUCCCCUUGGAGGAACGUAUUACCCAUUUUCGAGAUAUGCUUCUGGAAAGAGGGGUCUCUGCAUUUUCCACAUGGGAAAAAGAACUUCAUAAAAUUGUAUUUGAUCCACGUUAUCUUCUACUAAACUCAGAAGAACGUAAACAGAUAUUUGAGCAGUUUGUCAAGACAAGAAUAAGAGAAGAAUAUAAGGAAAAGAAAAACAAACUACUGCUAGCCAAAGAAGAAUUCAAAAAGCUGCUGGAAGAAUCUAAAUUGUCACCGAGGACCACCUUUAAGGAGUUUGCAGAGAAAUAUGGCACAGAUCAACGUUUUCGAUUGGUUCAGAAAAAGAAAGACCAAGAGCAGUUUUUCAACCAGUUCAUACUUAUCCUUAAAAAGAGAGACAAAGAGAACAGGAUAAGGCUACGGAAAAUGAGAUAA